AUCCGUAGCCAUGAUUUGGAAAAGCCAAUUGGAAUCGCCAGUGGAUUCAAAUUUGGAGGCGCCAUUUGAAAAUUGAAGCCAGAGCUGUGGGAGCAAUGGAGGCCUUGACGAAAGCCGACGGCACCAACAACGGUGGUGGGCUGACUAUCGAACAGAUCUACCAAAAGAAGACGCAAUUGGAGCACAUUCUACUUCGCCCGGACACGUAUGUCGGAUCUAUUGAACCGGCCGAGCAAUCUCUGUGGGUGUUCGACGACGAGAACAGCAAGAUGGUGCAAAAGAAAGUCACGAUAUGCCCCGGCUUGUACAAGAUCUUUGACGAAAUCAUUGUGAACGCAUGCGACAACAAACAGCGCGACAGCACCAUGGACACGUUGAAAGUCACGAUCGAUGCUGAAAAGGGUGAAAUCAGCGUCUGGAACAAUGGGAAUGGUAUUCCUGUCGUUAUGCACCAGGAGCACAACGUGUAUGUCCCGGAAUUGAUCUUUGGCCACUUGCUCACGGGCAGUAACUUCGAUGACAAGAAGAAAAAAACAACGGGGGGUCGCAAUGGGUAUGGUGCCAAGUUGGCCAACAUUUUUUCAAAGGAGUUUAUUGUCGAAACGGCGAGUCGGGAGCAAGGCAAGAGAUACCGACAAGUGUUUUCCAACAACAUGAGUGUGAAAGGGGCGCCGAAAAUCACGUCGUGGUCCAAGAAGGACUUUACGUGCAUAACCUUCACCCCCGACUUUGAGCGCUUUCAAAUGACCGGGCUGGACGACGACAUUGUAGCGUUGUUCAAAAAGCGCGUGUACGACAUUGCGGGAAUCACAGAUAAGUCCUUGAACGUGUACCUCAACGAAGAAAAGAUCGCGGUCAAAUCGUUCCCUCAAUACGUGGCGCUGUACGGCACUCCUGACGUCAUCUAUGGCCAGCCAGACGAGCGGUGGCAAGUCGGCUUGGGCUUGAGCGAUGAUGGGUUCCAACAAGUCAGUUUCGUAAACGGCAUUUGCACGACCAAGGGUGGUCAGCACGUCAACUAUAUUGCAGACCAAAUCACGAACAAGUUGGUUGGUAUCGUCAAGAAGCGCAACAAGGGUGAAGCCGUGAAACCUGCCUACAUCAAGAACCACUUAUGUCUUUACGUGAGUGCGCUGAUUGACAACCCGGCAUUUGACUCUCAGACGAAAGAGACAUUAACAACUCGUUCCCCGGCCUUUGGAUCAACCUAUACUCUCAGUGAUAAGUUCAUGAAAGCAGUUGAGAAGAGUGGACUGGUCGAAAACAUAUUAUCGUUUGCCAAACUCAAGCAAACAGCCGCGCUAAAGAAGACUUCCGGGACGAAGAGUGUCAAACUCACGGGCAUAUCUAAGUUGGACGACGCCAAUUUUGCCGGGAGUGCCAAGGGAAAAGACUGCACGCUGAUUUUGACCGAAGGGGAUUCCGCUAAGGCUUUGGCAAUGAGUGGGUUGGCGGUUGUUGGGCGCGAUUAUUAUGGUGUCUUUCCCUUGAAGGGCAAGCUUCUCAACGUUCGCGAAGCAUCGCACAGCGUGAUAGUCAAAAACGAGGAAAUCCAAAACAUUGUCAAGAUUCUGGGGCUCAAGUACGGCACAACAUAUGAAUCGACGAAGUCGCUACGAUAUGGGCACUUGAUGAUCAUGGCGGAUCAAGACCAUGACGGGAGUCACAUCAAGGGCUUGGUGAUCAACUUUAUCCAUCAUUUUUGGCCGUCGCUCAUGGGUCUGGACAACUUUGUUCAAGAGUUUAUUACCCCUAUUGUGAAAGCUACUAAGGGCAAUCGGAGCGAAGUGUUUUACACGAUUCCCGAGUACGAAGCGUGGCGCAAUCGUAUGGUCGACACAAAGGGAUGGUACAUCAAGUACUACAAGGGGCUUGGGACGAGUAAGCCAGAAGAUGCGAGGGAGUACUUUAGCGAUCUGAACACACAUCAAAUUGGGUUCACCUACAACGGAGAGGCAGAUGGAGACGCCAUCGAUAUGGCAUUUUCAAAGAAGCGCGUGGAAGAUCGUAAAGACUGGUUGCGCGCAUUUGUGCCUGGCACGUAUGUUGACUACGCUGUCCAAGACAUGCCAUAUACCGAGUUUGUCAACAAGGAGCUCAUUCUUUUCUCCAUGGCUGACAAUAUUCGAUCCAUCCCUUCGAUGGUGGACGGAUUCAAGCCGUCGCAACGCAAAGUGCUGUUUUCUUGCUUCAAGCGCAACCUCAAGAAAGAGAUUAAGGUUGCGCAACUGGCCGGUUAUAUUUCAGAGCAUUCGGCAUACCAUCAUGGCGAAGUGAACCUGCACGGCACAAUCAUUGGCAUGGCACAAAAUUUCGUUGGAAGCAACAACAUCAACUUGUUGUCCCCCAAUGGCCAGUUCGGGACUCGUCUAAUGGGAGGCAAAGAUGCAGCCAGUGCUCGUUACGUUUUUACGAACGUGGAGUCCGUCACGCGCCUCGUCUUCCAUCCACUGGACGACCCAAUCUUGAACUACUUGGAAGAUGAAGGCCAAUCAAUUGAACCGCAAUGGUACAUGCCGACAAUUCCGAUGUCCCUUGUCAACGGUAGUGACGGUAUUGGUACGGGGUGGUCGUGUGGCAUCCCCAACUACAAUCCCUUGGACAUAAUUGAGAACCUACGUCGACGCAUUCAAGCCGAACCAAUGAAGUCUAUGGUCCCGUUCUACCGUGGGUUCAAAGGCGAAAUUGUGCAAAAAGGUGGGAGUGACAAUUUUUUGGUGCAAGGACGAUACGAAAUCGUUGACGAAAGCACCAUUGUAAUAUCCGAGUUGCCUGUGAAGACGUGGACCCAAUCAUACAAGCAAUUUCUCGAGACGCUGCUUGAUGCGAACACGAUCAAAGACUUCAAGGAAAAUCACACAGACACAGCAGUUCUAUUCACGGUGGUUUUGUCGCCUGAAUCUCUCGCUGCAAUUCAACAAGCUCCCGGAGGAAUUAUGAAAAAGUUCAAACUCGAGUCCUCGUUGGCCAUCUCGAACAUGCACUUGUUCGAUUCAAACGGUCAAAUCAAGCACUACAGCUCACCACUCGAUAUCAUUGAAGAUUUUUAUGGGCUACGACUUGAAUACUACGGUUACCGCAAGGCCGCAAUCUUGAAACGAUUGGAGCACGACAUCAUGAUCCUCUCCAAUAAGAUGCGCUUUAUUUUGGCUGUUAUCGAAGGCGAGCUCGUCGUCAACAAUCGGAAGAAGCAGGAUUUGCUCGAAGAACUUCGAAUGAAAAAGUUCGACCCGAUGCCGCGAAAGUCCACCGCGCCAACCGUCGCUGCUGCUGGUGAAGAUGACCCUGUCGCUGAAGAGGACGAUGAUAGCCACUCCGAAGUCACGGCAAAGGACUAUGACUACCUUUUGUCAUUGCCAAUGUGGAGCCUUACUGCCGAACGUGUUCAGUCCUUGCGCGACGACCUCGAAGAAAAAAAUCAAGAGCGUGAUACGGUGUUUUCCACUACUUUGGAGUCCAUGUGGCUCAAGGAUUUGCACGAGCUGGAACUUGGGUUAAGUAAAGAAGAAAUGAAACGACUGGCCCAAGAAGAGUCGACAAUGAAACAGGCUGGCAAAGCUAAAAGUGGAAAGAGUCAAGCAAAGCGGAAGCCCCCUGCGAAGAAACGCACUCACCUUGAUUCUGACAACGACUCGGGGUCAGACUUUGAACUGACAAAAGCUAAAGUGAAGAAACAAAAGGACGACGACGAAAAACCCAAGAUAGAGAAACUCGCAGUCGUCAAACCACCAGUUGCUGUGUGGAAAAAUCCUGUGGAAGGUCCGCCAGCUCAAACCAAGGUGAAGAAAAUAUCCAAGGCACCUAAAAAAGAAUUGAACGCGACAGCCAGCAGUGAUAAACCAACCAAGUUGUUCAAGUUGUUUGAAAAAAAGCCUGCAGUGUCAGUAGCUGCCGAAUCGAGCGAAGACGAAGAAGUACUGUCGUUGUCCGAGCGACUGAAGAGGCGUGCCAUGGCGGAGAAGAAUGCCGAGUCGGACGAAGAUGAUGUAUUUAAUGCGCCGUCUAGUGCUGCACAGAUCAUGAAGACAGAAGUGCUGCCAGGUGUUUCAGUCAAGUCUGACGAUAACGUGUUUGCUUUCGCGGGCUCGUUGAAGAAAGCUGCCUCAAAGGCGAAGAAAACACCGGCAACUGAUAAACCAAAAAAGGUUGCGGCGAAACCAAAAGUCGCGAAAACGGCAACGAAUACCACUGAAAUGCCUGUCAAGCCCAAGCUGGCCAAGAAGGCUGUUUCCGUUGAGUCUGACAAAGACGACACGUUCAACUUUUCAGAUGCGGAAAGUGUGCCAGCUGUCAAAACGGCCGCAUCCAAAACUAAGUCAUCGAAGCCCGCUGCAAGUUCCGCUGCCAAACGAAAGACGGAAAAGACUCCGGGUUCGCCCAAACAGAAGAAACUAAAGAAACCAAAUUGGAGCGACGAGGAAUCCAGCGACAGUGGUGACGGUGAGGAUGACAAGGACGAGCCUGUGGCGCCACGAGAGCGACAUGGUCGAGCCACCAAACAAGUCGUGUACAAAGCAGACUCGUCCGACGACGAGCAAGAAGAGAGCGAAUUUGACGAGUCAGAUUGAUGCAUUUAGAAGAACUACACGAUAGAGCUUACUUUACAUUCAUGUUGCAGUCAUCGGCAGCGAGGAUUUAGUUCUGCUCUCCAGUGGAGGAAAACGCAAUUCGACGCUGGAUAGCUACCCAAAAUUGAAAGCUUUGCGACCUCCGCGUUGGACUUGUGUGGGGACCAAUAUCAUUGCGAUCGUUCGCAGCAAACGUUAUUGCUGUCGGCGUUGUGCUUUCGUUGAACGUCUUCAUUCAUCCCAAGUCUGAAUGACCUCAAGGAUAACAUGUAUGCAGCCUUUACUGCUGGAAUCAUGGACUCUCUUUUGAUCGAGUUAAUGCUGCCGGCAGGACUCUGAACUCGUCGGAACAUUCAAGUGAUGGCCAGCCAUAAGAACGAUAUGGUGUACGUUCGUUGGACCAUUCGGCAUUUCAAUGUGCGCCAGCCAGCAGCAUGGAAGGACUAACGACCGCACUCUCCACCUAAGGACGCGUGCGCUCAUCAGAGCAGCCAGUUGGUGGACCUUUUCGUAGCUAUGCGUGGCUUGCGGAAUCCAAGGAUGGCUGCAUUGGCA